AUGGAGGCGAGCGGAGCCACCGGCUUCUGGUCGGAGCGGCGGCGCACGGUGCGCGAGGUGGUGAACACGGUGCCGUUCGCGCUGUGCGGCGCCGGCCUGCAGGUGGCGGUGCGCGACCCGGCUGCGCUCACCGCCGUCGACCUGUACACGGUCAAGGACGAGUACGUGCCGGCUGAGACGUCGCUGGCGCAGAGCGUUUGGCAGUGGCUGCAGGGCGAGCGCAAGCAGGGUCUGCGCGAUGUGGAGGAGAUGCUGGUGGACGGCACGCACGUGACCGGCUACGGCGAGCUGGUGCGCUGCGAACGCGGCCUGGAGCUGCGCCCGCCGCCGGGCGACCUGCCCUACAUCCUGACCACGCGCUCGGAGGCGGCGCUGCUGUCGGAGCGGCGGCGCCGUGAGCGCGCCGGCGCCGCCGUACCCGAGGCCGUCCAGUGCGUCGUGUGCCUAAGCAACCCGCGCGAGGUGGUGGUGGCGCCCUGUCAGCACGUGUGCCUCUGCGUGGACUGCGAGGAGCGGCUGGACAAGCGCUGCUGCCCAGUCUGUCGCCGUGACGUCACCAGUGUGCUGCCGGUCUACCUGGCUUGA